AUGUCACGAGAGUCUGGCUCGAUACGCAGUUUUCCUCGCAAGCAGCGGAACGUGGAUUCUUUCCCCAUCCUCGAAGAGGAUGAGGUAGGCAGUGAUGACCAGGGCCUCCCGAUGAUGCCCGUUUUCAGCAUCGACGAGGAAAAAGGCAUACCGAAGGAGGCCCGGACGGUGGACAAUAAAAAGCGCAUCGAGCAGGAGAUUGAGGGAGAUUUUGACAGGGAGUUCUACCGAGACUCCGCAGACCUGCCUUCGAUGCAGCGCAAGCCGCUGCUGGCGCAGCAGGUCGAUUUGGGCGACCCGGACUCCAGUCUCGACGAGUCGACAGACGAGAGCGAACAUAGUGUCGAGCAAACCCCUGAACUUGAGCCUGCGAAGCCGGGGAAGGUACGCAGUUGGAUCCGCCGGUUUACUACGCAUGCUUCACAACCGCCUAAGCUAGGGCAAGACUCCUCAGAGGGCACCGAGAUGGACAGUCUUGACCCGUUGCACGGUAUGAUGAAGUCGAAGUUUUUCCAUUUUGGCACACCAAAAGAGCGCCCUGUGGAUGAGGAAAUGGGCCACUAUGAUGAAGCGAAGGGGAUCGUUGAGACACACGUCCCGAUGGAGAACUUGCGCUCUGUGUCAUCCGAGAUGUCGCUCGACCGUGGGGCUUUGAGGGACACGGAUUCCAACGAGUAUUUUAUAGCGCCUCUGCUGGAUGAUUACGAUGAGAUGGCGCCGCAUGAGCCGGCAGAGCGGCAACGCUACAAAAAGGGCAUAUUUUCGAAUAUCAUGCGGCUGUACAAUUCAAGUUUGUCGAACGUCGUUUCUAUGCAGGACAGUGACAGAGACGAGAUUUCUCGCGCAAAAAAAUGGAAACGGCUGUCGCUAUUGAAUCGGUCGUCUUCCAGCUCCAUAAAUGAGGUGUUGUCUACAGAUGACAAAAAACAGCGCCACAAACGGGAAGUUUCAGGCAGUUCUCUCGCCAGUUUUUUCGGUAGCCGAGAAAGCAGCAGCCAAGCAGAAAAAGUCGAUCUGCCGCAAUUCGAGCACAAGGACAAGAAACUGAAGGACAUGCUCAAGCUCAAGAAGAAGCGCAAGCGCGAGACGGCCGCGCGCAUAACCGUGCACAUCGCAGACGUGCUGCAACGUCAAAAGUUCAUUCUCACGCUGUGCAAGGCGUUCAUGAUGUACGGUGCGCCCAACCACCGGCUGGAGGAGUAUCUAUCUGCCGCAUCACGUGUGCUCGAGAUUGACAGCUCGUUUAUUUACCUCCCCGGCGUGAUGAUUGUCUCGUUUGGCGACCCGUCCACGAGAACGUCCGAGGUGAAGCUCGUGCGCGUUUCGCAGGGCCUUAAUUUGGGCAAAUUGGACGAGGCCCAUGAGCUGUACAAGAGUGUAGUGCACGACCGGAUUGGCGUCGAAGAGGCGUCUUCGCGGCUCGAGGAGCUGCUGCAGCGGCCAAAUUACUUUAACACCUGGUGGAGCAUUUUGCUGUACGGGAUUUCGAGCUGCUCCGUGAUCAGCUGGGCUUUUGGCGGCUCGUGGCUCGACAUCCCGCCCACUUUCGCUCUCGGUUGUCUGCUCGGCUUCUUGCAGCUCGUAGUUGCACCAAAAUCGACAAUCUACUCGUCAGUGUUCGAGGUUAGCAGCACCGUGUGUCUAAGUUUUAUUGGUCGUGCGAUUGGCACCAUCGGUGGCGGCAAGUAUUUCUGCUUUGCGGCGGUCGUCCAGGGAGGCAUGUGCAUGAUUCUGCCGGGCUACAUCAUCCUCAGCGGAGCGCUAGAGAUCCAAAGCAGGUCCCUCGUGGCAGGCUCCGUGCGCAUGUUCUACGCCAUCAUCUACUCGCUUUUUCUCGGGUUCGGCCUCACUCUUGGGUCGGCGCUGUACGGCUGGAUGGACCACCGCGCUACCACAAAUACUACAUGCACCUCCAACAUCUCGCCGUGGUGGAACUUUGUGUUCGUGCCCGUCUUCAGUCUCGCGCUAUCGAUGGCGUCGCAGGCGCAAUGGCACCAGCUUUCGGUUAUGACUGUCAUCGCGUGUGGAGGCUACGUGGUGUCGUAUUUUUCGUCUCGACACUUCAGCAUCACAGAGUUCAACUCGGCCCUCGGCUCCUUCACCAUCGGUCUGCUGAGUAACCUGUACUCUCGCACAGGUACGUCGUUCCGCCGUAUAGGCUACUGCAACUCUGCUUUCACCUCGAUGCUCACAGGCAUUUUUGACCAGGUCCCCGGUGGAGUGGCCUCGCGCAACGUUUUGGCAGCAGGAAUUUCGCAGCUGAGCAACCAAACCAGCGGGAGUAGCGGGACGCUCACCUCUGCUGCAGCGGCCAUCAGCACCAGCACCCUGAGCUUUGGCAUCUCAAUGAUCGAGAUCGCGAUCGGAAUCAGUGUCGGACUGUUUUUCAGCACAAUGCUGGUGUAUCCGUUUGGCAAAAAAAAUACCGGUAUUUUCAGUUUAUAG